AUGAGAACGACACCAACGGAGGCGUUGGAGGUGGCGCUUUGCAUCCCACCUCUAAGUCUGACAAUCAUCAGUGCUGCCAGACUCAUAGCAUACAGGCUAAGAUGUCAGGGAGGGUGGAAACAAUUCGGGUCGAGCCACACCAGACUCGGGUUUCUCCACAAAUCUCCUUUCAUCUAUAAACAAGACAGAAUAUCCAGAAAGUACCAGGUGGAAAAAGCGUUUUUCNUAAACCUAACCGCCAGGGCAGACUGGAAAAAUAAAAAUCUUCAGAUCCAACCGGGCGAACACGCAUGGUUCACUGAUGGAUCUGGAGCAAACGGCCGCUNUGGAGCAGGCAUUUACAGUCCGGGAUCCAAUCACAGAGAGUUUUUCUUCCUAGGUAAGUUCGCCACGGUCUUUCAAGCGGAAGUCCUGGCCAUCCUGGAAUGCGCAAGACUCCUACUCUUAAGGGAGACAAAAACUAGGAGGAUCAAUAUCUAUAUAGAUAGCAAAGCAGCCAUAGGAGCUCUCGCUAAGACCACCACUGAAUCAUCAGUGGUUUGGGACUGUAUGCAAGCUCUAAAUGAACUGGGCAAGAGCAACAAAAUCACGCUAAUCUGGGUACCUGGCCAUCAAGGUAUCCAAGGCAAUAAAGUUGCUGAUAAUCUGGCAAAACUGGGUACCUUAGAGGAACCAGCCUGCCAGAAGGUUGGAGUACCCUUUGCUGUAGGGAAAAACUACAUCAAGGACUGGCUGAAGCAGGAGCAUAAAGCAUCUUGGCAAAAACUAAAGAGCUGCCGCCAAGCUAAAGACUUGAUGACUCAGCCGUUGCCAGGUAGGACAAAGGAACUACUGACAAUGAGUAAGUACAAACAAAGAUUGAGUAUCGGUCUACUCACAGGGCAUUGGGCCUUUAAGGCACAUUUUUACAACCUAGGCCUAGUUGAGGAGAGUAGUUGCAGAUUNUGCAAGGAGGAAAAAGAGGACAGCGUGCACAUACUGUGCUGCUGCCCUUCACUAGUACUCAAGAGGUUCAGAUUCUUAGGCUUCAU